AUGAGUCCUCCUCACCGUGCGGGUGGUUUACCUUAUGAUGCUAAUAACUCUCAAAACUGGUUUGGCACAAGUCUUGAUUCUAAUGCCUCUUCCUUUGGCCAAUCACCCAUCUUUACUGGCAUCGUCUCUCCCUCUGCCUCUACUGGUCAUUUAGAUAAUUAUACUAAUGAUGAUGAAGAGAUACAACAAAAAAACCUUCAAGAGAUAUUUGAAAAACGACGUCGGAGAAGAGAGAGUCAUAAUGCAGUUGAAAGAAGAAGGAGAGAUAACAUAAAUGAGCGCAUACAAGAACUGUGUACUUUAUUACCUGAAAGAUUGAUAGAAGCAGCUCCUACAAGCUCGAAUGUGAUGUCGGUAUCAAAUGGCCAAGGUGGCACUAAUGGACGAGCAAUAAAUAAGGGAACAAUUUUGAAGUUGUCAGUGGAUCAUAUAAAGGAAUUACGUGAAGAAGUGACAAGGUAUCAAGAAAGAAUAAGGGAGUUAGAGCAAAUGAUUGAGGCAGCUAAAAGAGGUGAAAUGAUAAAAGAUGACAAACUCCAACAAAGUACCAAUUGUUUAUACCAUAAUUCACAAAUACCGCCGAAUAACAUUAAUACAGCUAGUAAUAACAACAACAACAACAAUAACCAUAAUAACAAUAAUCAGCCUCCCCCAUCUCAUCAUCAUCAGCGUAUGGGUUCAUUGCAGUUUCGUCAACAGUUCAACAAUUUACAAAUAGGCUCUAACAAUAACAAUUCAUAA